AUGGCAAGCAACCGACGCAUCUGGGUUACUCUGGUUGAUGGCAAAGGUGUCCAGCUGAUGUCGCCAGGCAAAGUGAACGUCUCCCCCGACAGCGACGUCGACGAUGUCACAGACACUGUGAAGGCCAUGUACAGCGGCGGCGCCUUGGAGAGAAUCGCUCCAACUGACCUUUCUGUCUACGCCGACCAGGCCGCGUUUGCCCGCAAUGAUGUUCCUCUUGCUGCUGAUACAAUGGUUGAAGGUUAUGACGAACAUUUGGCAAAUCCCAUCUUGGUGGUUGCUCCGUUCACAUCAAACAAGCGCCAACGCGACGAGGACGUCGAAACACACGAAGCUAUGGAAAGCCCUGUAUCAGUGUUCAGCAACAAGGCUUGGCGAGAGUUCGUCUCAACUGUGAAGCUAAAGUUCUCUGACUCCAAUUUCUUUAAUGCGCAUUGCACCGCUCCCAUCAAUCCAGUCGACAGUAUCGAGGACCUUGCAAUCGCUGAAUCCUUUGAGGACUGUAUCACCACGUUCACGAAUCCGAUUACGAAGGUCCAGGUGGGGUGCUUGCCGCACUGUUUGCGACGAUCCACUCUGAUUUUGAACCACAAUGUUUACAUCCGGCCGUUCACUGUCGCGAUGCUCAAAGCAAUGACCGCAUGCAAGCAACCCCGCAUUGCUGUGGUUGGUAAGGCUGGCAUUGGCAAGUCGUACAUGCAGCUUGUGAUCCUCUUGUGGUGGGCGCGUCCAGAGCUACGUCCAGUGGCCGAAAACGUCGACAAUGGGGCCGCUUUGGACAAGUUUUUGGAUGACAUUGAAGCAAUCGCUCGCGUUGAGCGGGAAUCUUGGACGGAUUUGUAUUUUCACCACGAACAACUUCAUUACGGCGUCGAGACGUUGCCUCUAUCUUCGUUACGUCGAUUGGAUUCCACGUCGACCUUGCUCCUCUACGAGCCGUGUGUUUCGAAGGAUGCGAUCCAGCUCAGGGCAUCACGAGAGGUCACGUGUGGGCUACAGAGUCGCCAUUGA